GCACCGCCCGUGCUCACGAAGGUGACGUAGAUGUUUUUAGAACAGCUUCGCCUUUCUUGACCAGUUUACUCAUCGACCACAUCAGAGAAACUAGCCAUACAAUCAUGCCACCAAAGAAGAAAACAUCUGGAAGGAAAACCAAGGCAACUCUCGCAGCUGAAGCCGCUGCUGCCGCUGCAGCUGCAGCAGAGACAGCGGCAAAGGAGGCAGCAACAGAGACAGCAAUAGUGGCAGCAGCAGAUGAACCUACGGAGACAGAUCAGGACAAGGACACGAGCAAGGAGGACAAGGACAAGGACAAGGACAGGGAGGAGAGUGAGGCUGCUGCGGAAACCAUUAAAGUCAGGAAGACAAGAGUAACGACUACGACUACGACUAUUACAACCACGACUACCAUUGCUCCUGCAGCAGAGAAGGAAGAGAAGGAAGCCCAGGCGACGAAGGAUACAGCUGAUCAGGACGUCGAAAUGAAAGAGGUGGAGGCACAAGCAUCUCAAGAAAAAAGUGCUAAUGCGCCGUUGACCAUGUCAGAGAGGAUGGAGAAACUCAAGAGUCUACGACAGAAGAUGGUACGCUUUGAUUCUAAAAGUGCUGCGCUUAUACUUAUACUGAAUCACUAACUUCUAUCACUCACGUUUUGGUAAUAGAAUGCGUCCAAGCAAGCGAACCGCACAGAUCUUAUGACAGAGCAUCAGAAAUCCAAGAUUAACAAGAAGGAAGAGGCUAAGAAGGAGAGGGCUCGCGAGGAAGCCGAAAAGCUGAUUGCUAAAAGAGAUGCGGAAGAGGCAGGAGAGGACUAUGAGCGAUCGCAAUUCUGGAACUACUCUGCAGAGAGCGUGGAGAAAUGGAACGAGAAACAGGAGGCAAAAAGAGUCAGGAUGGACAACAAGUUUACAG